AUGCCUAAAAUAAAAUCAACUUUAAAAAGUAAAAUUUCGAAUUGGAUUGCUCCUUACAACGAAAAUAAAGAAAUAUUUUCAUCAGAUGGAAAGGUUAUAUGUUGUCUCGAAAGUAAUAAAUGUAUGUCUACUGUAAAAUAAUAUCUAUUAGAUCAUCAUUCCAAAACAGGUAAGUUUUGUAUUUAACACUCAUACUACACGUAAUAUAUUACAUAUAAUUUCAAAAAUACGUGUAUAUUUUAUUUUAGUUCAACGCAUAAAUGCAUUACAAAGGAAUGAAGAAAAAAAACAAUUUUUAAUUACUUCUUAAAAUUCGAAUAGUAAAAAUGUAUUUUUUAAAGAUUUAUGUAAUGCAUUUGUUGCUGCAAAUAUUUCUUUACUAAAGCUUGGCAAUCAUGUGUUUUAAUCAUUUGUAGAAAAACAUAUUAGCAAAUUAAUUCCGGACGAAAGUAAUUUAAGAAAAAAUUACAUAUCAAGUAUUUAUAAAAACGUUAACGACCAAAUAAUUAGUGAUAAUUUAAAUUCUUCUUUUACAAACGUGAUUGAAAGUUUAACAGAUGAUGCUGCAAGUGUCGAAAAGCUGAAACAGGUUGUUCAAAAUAAUGCAGUCAAAUGUGGUUUAGUGUUCAUAAAAUUACACUUAUCCGAGUUAUCCGUGAAUCUUGAAAAUUUGGAAGAAUCUAAUAGUGAACUACUGAAAAGCAUGUAUAUUUUUAGAAAAAUUAAAAAUAUUUUAACAAAUAUUCCUGGUCCAAAUGGGAAAAAAAUUAAAGAAAAAUGUAUGUAUGUAAUUAAAGUCUUACUAUAA